CUCGCCAGCCCGGAAGAGAAGCCGCGCCGCGCAUGCCCCUUCCUUUCCAGCGUCGCCCUCGAGCCCAGCAGCCGCCGCGAUGCUGAUGCCCAAGAAGAACCGGAUUGCCAUCUACGAACUCCUCUUCAAGGAGGGAGUGAUGGUGGCCAAGAAGGACGUCCACAUGCCCAAGCACCCGGAGCUGGCGGACAAGAACGUGCCCAACCUGCACGUCAUGAAGGCCAUGCAGUCCCUCAAGUCCCGAGGCUACGUGAAGGAGCAGUUCGCCUGGAGACAUUUCUACUGGUACCUUACCAACGAGGGCAUCCAGUACCUCCGCGAUUACCUGCACCUGCCCCCCGAGAUCGUGCCCGCCACCCUGCGCCGCAGCCGCCCCGAGACCGGCAGGCCUCGACCCAAAGGCCUGGAGGGGGAGCGACCUGCAAGGCUCACGCGAGGAGAAGCCGACAGAGACACUUACAGACGGAGUGCUGUGCCCCCUGGUGCUGACAAGAAAGCCGAGGCCGGGGCUGGGUCAGCAACUGAGUUCCAGUUUAGAGGUGGAUUUGGUCGUGGACGUGGGCAGCCACCUCAGUAAACAUGGAGAUUAUUUUGUGUUAAAUAAACCUCUAGCCACAA